AUUUUUUCAGGUUCAAUCUCAAUUGUCAAUUGUGUCAAUUGCAAAUCGUGUGGUAGGUGUUAAUCUGCCAUCGGAUUAUCACUUUUUAUUUUAUUUUGCUUAGUUAUUUUUAUGUUAAUCAUUUUUUUAAAUGUUCCUGUUGUCAUAAAACAUUAAAAUGAAGUAUAGUGGCGUUGUUUUUUUCAUUACUGUGGCACUUGUGGUUUUCGUAGCUGAAGCACGAUUUAAAAGAAAAUUCGACAGUGACUUCGUUUUUGCUGAAGAUAAUGAUAAUAGCAAAGAUGAUACAAAGCUGAACACGGGGAAGAAAAAAUGGAUUCAUGAUCCGGACAGUGAUUUAUGUGUACCGUUGAAGUGUAAAAAGAAAGAAUUGUGUUUGUUGGAGAAUCUCUACACGGCCGUUUGUGUGAGUAAAAAAGAGCUGCACAAGAAUGGCGACAUUAUCAUGUCGAAAUCGCGUUACCUGGCCGAAGAAGCGAAGAAAAAAGCUUACGAUGAUUUGGACGACGAUGACGACGACGACGACGAUGACGAUGAUGACGACGAUGAUAUGGAUGACGACGACGAUGACGAUAUUUUCUACGAUAACAGCGCAUCCUCUGCUGCCGCGAUGAGCGUCGAGAGUAAUUUAAACGAUCGAAAAUGCAAUCCUUGUCCAAUCAAGAAACCGGUGUUCAUCUGCGGAGCUGACAAUCGCACGUACAGUUCGAUAUGUAGACUCGAUUAUCACAACUGUCUCUACAACUCAUCUAUAAAAGCCGUGUGCAAAGGAUUCUGUCCAUGUAAAGACUCGGCCGAAAAACAGUCGAGCGGAUCUUCGAUGGUUGGAAAAAGUAAAUACUCGUUCGAUAAACCCAAGAAAAAGGUCGAAAGUAAACAGAAUAUCGUGGAUAAAUACUCAUUAACUCCGGAGGAUUUCAAAUACGAAAAUAAACACUACAAAUACAUAAAAUAUACCAAGAAUAACGAUGUUAAAUCGUAUAAGGAUCUGUAUUUUAAUACCGAAGCGUCUUAUCAUUAUGAAAAAGACCGAUCCCGAGGUGAAAACGAAGUUACCGACGAAAAGCCUUUCCCGGUGAAAUCAAACAAGAAAAAGGAAUGCUCGGAAGCGGCUUUAAAAAGUAUGGGUAAUCGAUUAUUGGAUUGGUUCUCCGUUAUCAAAGCGGAAAACAAAAGAAGACCCGAGUAUAAAGGAAAAGAUAUCGUAUCUUUUGGAUGUAAACCGGAAGUUAUAUGGAUGUUUAAGCAUUUAGAUUUAGACGGCGAUGGGCAGCUGACUCUGCAAGAGUUGUAUGAUUUGGAACACGAUCAAAAUGAACAUUGUAUUAAACCUUUCCUCGAUAUGUGCGAUACGAACAGGGAUAUAUUCAUUAGCCCGUUUGAAUGGUGUUAUUGUUUCAUGAAGUCUGAAAGACCUUGCGCAGCGGUUAGAAAACGUAUACCACAACACAUUAUGACUGGAGUAUAUGUUCCUACUUGCGACUCCGAAGGCUAUUAUGAAUCGAUGCAGUGCCAUUCAGCGACCGGAAUGUGUUGGUGUGUGAACAAACACGGAGUCGAGUUCUCCAAUUCGAGAACCCAUGGAAAAGUCGAUUGCGAUUUAUAUUUCAUCAAAGCCAGUGUUACGGAGAAGCCCACUCCAGAACCGGUGAAAUUUGAACCCAAACCCAAUGAUAUGGAUAAUUUUGGAAGUAAAAAAAUGAACAAUAACAGCGACGACGAUGACGAUGAUGACGACGAUAGCGACGAUGACGAUGAUUUCAAUGGCAGCGGAGAUCAACCAUUAGAAUUUUAAAGAAAAUGCUGCGAAACUAAUUUUUAAUACAUGUAUCGGUGUGAUUUUUACUUAUUCUGUUAAACAUUACGAUAUUUAAAUCAUAAAUGUGUACCUAUUCUACUCGCUUAAAUAACCCAUAGAAAAUAGCUCUUUUCCCCGUUUUUAUUUUGUUUCCUUACGUACUUACCUUAUAAAACAAAAACCGAACAACUAAUGUACUUUAUGUAUGUAAUUGUGUGCCAUGUAAUAGCAUUUACCUCCAUUCAAUUUAUUAUUGGCGCUGUUAGUGCAUUUUUCCGGCUGUUGAUCUUGUUUUUUUUUUUUUUUUUUUUUUUUGUACAAUUAUCUAUGAUUGUGUGCCAUAAAUGAUAAGUAACAAGAAACAAAUUCUUCUCGUCUCUUCGUACGAUUUAUUAACGAACGAAAUACCUACUAAGCAUUAUAAAUCGUCGAGUGUUUUCCUUCCUCGUAUAUGUACUAGGUAGAAUUUUGAGUGUUUUUAAAAUUUCGCUUGAAUUUAUUAUUUGAAUGUUUCUUCUUCUCUUUCUUUUCUUUUUUUUUUUUUUUAAUUUGUAUGUAUCAUUAAGUGUACGUCUUUUUAAAUGUAUAUUAUUAUUUUAUAUGUUUUUGUUAACUCGUUUUUACAAUAAUUGUAAGGUUUUUUUUUCUUGUAAUUCUUUAUGGUUAUAAAUUUAUUGAUUCUUGUUUGUUAUACGUUUGAUCGUAGAAUGGUUUCGGUUAUAUUGAUACAGUAUAUUAAAACGAGAACGCUUGAUUUUUGUUCCGAAGCAAUUCGAGUCUUCUAUGGUGAAGGGAAAAGAAAGUAGAUGAUUGUUGAAAAGACUGUAAAGGAAUUUUAAUAGGUAUUACGAAUGGUAUUUUAAUUCGCCAUAGUUGUUGAUUUAUAUAUAUUUUUUUGUGUUUUUUAAUUUUACUUACCGCAUUGAAUCAAGUUGAAGUAAACGAAAAAAAAAAUGAAAAUAAAAAACAAAACAUUCCAGUAUUCUCUAAGUUUAGGUAUUUUAUUUUAUUAUUAUUUUUUUGUUUCAAUUCUCCCGUCCAUCUGUAAAUGCUUUAAAUGUAUGAUUAGGUUUUUAUUACGCAAUCGUGUUAUAUACUCGCACAAUGUAAUACUCGAUAAAUAUUUUUUAAUUUUAGAAAUUAAUGUCGGAUGUCCGAUACCGUGCAAUAAGUACAAAGGUAGAGAUGAGUACAGUCUGGCGCUUCCAUUUGUGUUAGCAAUUUUAUAAAUGUGUUGCUUAAAGCGCGGUAUUUUACUUUUAUCGGGUGCAAUGUAGUUGAUAAAAAAAAAUUGUUUUCUUAGUUUUUUAAUAAAUGCAUUUAGUUAUU